AUGAGUGAAAACAACAUCAAGUUUCCAUCCAAAGAUUAUGGCACUGUCGAUUAUGCCCAUAAUCGGUACAACCCAUUGCUUGACCAGUGGGUCCUAGUCUCACCGCAUCGAAUGAAACGUCCCUGGUCAGGACAGAUUGAACACAGAGGAGAUGAAGAGGUGGCAGAGCACGACCCAACUAACCCACUGUGUCCUGGUGCCAAACGUGGCAAUGGAGAGGUGAACCCAGUUUACACGGGCACUUUUUCUUUUGACAACGACUUUCCGGCGCUUCAGGAAGAGUACGAAACUAAUCACCCAUUUCUAGAAGAAAAAACGCGUGAUAUCAUUGAGAAAUCCGAAAGUCCGUUUUUCAAAAUGAGAGUUGUUAAAGGGAAAUGCCGAGUGAUGUGUUUCCAUCCAAAGUCAAACAUCUCUUUGCCACUAAUGACUGAACCGGAAAUUGUCGUAGUAGUGAAUCAGUGGAUCAACGAAUACAAACUUCUUGGCUCCAAGUAUGCUUGGGUGCAGAUCUUUGAAAACAAAGGUGCCAUCAUGGGUUGCUCCAAUCCGCACCCUCAUUGUCAGAUUUGGUCGAGUGACUACAUUCCAAAUGAAGCCAACACUGAAGACAAAAACCAACGAGAAUACUAUCAGUCAACUGGUGGUCGUCAGCUAUUGAUAGAUUACGUCGAACAGGAGCUAGCUCUAGGUGAGCGAAUUGUGGAAGUGAACAACGACUGGGUCGUUUUGGUUCCAUUUUGGGCUUUUUGGCCCUUUGAAACGAUGAUUCUGCCAAGACGAUCAAUUCAACGCAUUAGUCAGCUAAGCGAAACUGACAAGGAAUCUCUGGCUUCAAUCAUGAAGCGACUGCUUAUUCGAUAUGACAAUUUGUUUGAAGUUUCAUUUCCCUACUCUAUGGGAUGGCAUGGUGCACCUACUGGACCAUACAAAGACGAACCUCGGCCCUAUUGGACGCUUCAUGCUUCUUACUACCCUCCGCUACUUCGAUCAGCAACGAUAAAAAAGUUUAUGGUUGGUUAUGAGCUUCUAGCGCAGCAACAAAGAGAUUUAAGUCCAGAAAAGGCUGCUGAGCGACUUCGUGAGAUGUCUCUAGUCCACUACAAAGAGCGUAAUGCUAAAAAAUAG